AUGUCUCAGUCUACUCCUACCAAUAAAUUUUAUCAGGAAGAAGAACCGCCUUAUUCACCUGCUGAUUCUACCACUUCAUUUAUAUCUUCCGUUGUUGCUGGUAUAGCCGAAAAAUCUGCAUCUGAACUUGGUUCUUUAUUGAAAAAUGCAUACAAGUCACUUAGAGAAAAAGAAAAAAAUUUAUUGUUGGCAGCAGAGAUUGGUAAAUCCUUACUAGAACACAACCAAGCGCUCAAAUCAGACUACGAUAAGCUACUACAAAAUGUGAAGCAUUGUGAAAUUGAAGCAAAGCAACAACAGGAAGAAGAAGAGACCAUGAGACUCAUAUCAAGUAAAAAAGCAUAUGAUUCCAUCAUUGAGUCACUUGAACGAAAAAAUGCAGAAAUUCAGCAGAUGUUGGAACAAACACAACAAGAAUCUGAAUUCACAAAUGAAGCUUAUCAAAAGAAACAAAGAAAACUGGAAUCAGAAAUUGAAAUACUCAGGCACGACUUGGACUUGGCAGCACAAAAAGUACAAGAACUUGAAGAACUAAAGAAGCAACAGCAUGUGGGUCAACUGGAUGAACGAAGGGAUUUUGAACAAAGACAAUCAGAAGAUUUAGAAUUACUAGAAGAAUUGACCGUCAAAUUAGAAGAGCUGUUUAUUGAAAACAAACAUUUGCAACUAUCCAAAAAAUCAGUAGAAGCCAAACUCAUGACUUCUUUACAAGAUCUGGAUACACUGAAAAAGGAAUUUGAACAAUUUGAAUUAACGCAGCAAAACUACUUAGCAUUACAAGAAGCCUUCGAGCAACAGCGAGUGCAUAUCAGAGAAUUGAAUGAUAGUUUAGAAGACCAUCGUCUCAUUUUAAGUAAAUUACGUGACCGCGGUCUAUGGUCUCCUCAUACGCCAAGCAUGACAUCAAAACGAUCUACUUCCUCUACAAUUUCAACAUCCUUAUUAUACCAACAAAAAAGCUUAUUAGGUGAAUUGGAACAUGUAUGGAAAGGGAAUGGCCUAACAAAAAGUCGAUCUGAUACCAGCUUGUCUCAACUGAGCGAUACCAGUAGUCUAUCGAGUAAAUUAUAUGAAAUGACUGAGCGCAAUCUCACCUCAUUUUAUAAUGCACCAGCUGAUUAUGCAGUAGACACACUCCUGUCGACAUUGGGUAUUGAAGACCGUGCCAUGUUGGAUGAAGCCGAACACUACCUCACCAAACGUUCAGAGGGUGAUAUUAGUCUAUUUGGGCCAGAAGGCAACGGCACUGUCUACGCAGAACUCAAUCUCUAUCCGAUCCUUUCAAAACAAGUCGAGACAGUGAACCCCGAAUCACCUAAAAAGGGAUUGGUGAAUCAUAUCUUAUUUCACAUUCGUUAUUUAUUUCGUUCGUUAUUUCGUUGGUGUCGGUUUGCCAUCAUUUUGACUGCUGCCAUCUUUAUCAAUCUAUGGAAAGGACCUGAUCUUUUAUUGGAACAACCAACUUGUAUGUAA